GCUAGUUGCCCCUACGGACGUUGACCUCGUCCAAUAUUGGCUUUUUCCAUUUCCCUAGUUUGUAGAGGACACGCGACUGAGCCAUGGAGAUAAACGUUGUAAAUGCUUUAACAUACGAGGAUUUUGUGAAACUAUUCGGUAAUGUGGUUGAGAAAUGCCCCCUCAUUUCGGCUGCGAUAUGGUCCCACCGGCCAUUCAAAGAUCUAGCAGACCUCGAGGCUCACGUGACGGAAUUCAUUGACAGUCUACCAGACUCAGGUAAAGAGGGCAUCUUGCGGUGUCACCCUGAUUUGGCGGGCCGGGACCUCCAGAGCGGGACUCUAACACGCGAGUCUCAAGAGGAGCAGAGUCAAGCCGGAAUGAACACACUGGACUCCGCGGAGGGUCUGCAAAUGUACCGUCUAAAUUCGGAGUACAAGGAGCGCUUUGGCUUCCCUUUUGUCAUCUGUGCCCGUCUCAACAACAAAGCAGAUAUUGUUCGCCAGCUGUCUGAACGCUUGAAGAAUGACCGUGGACCGGAACGAGAGCGCGCGAUCGAAGAGGUUAAAAAAAUCUGUAGCCUCAGGUUACGCAAUAUUGUCUUAUCUGACAUUCAAACCCAAACCAACAAGUAAACAAGUUACCGUUUCAAAAAUUGAUACUGCAUCUCUCUACUUGAUUGUAUAGGCAUAUUUCUUUAAAAAAAAAAAAGAAAUAGGCUUAACCCAAAAAAGAAGAAGGCCUAGCAUAAUUGAUUUAUAUGCAGCCUAACAUUUGUUCAAAAAAUGUUAACCCGUUAAGAUAUGAAACGUUAUUUUCGAAUGUCUUCUGAACAUUCUAAACUUCCAGGUUUUUAAAUGUUUGAAAAAGUUUUACUUGGUUAUGUGAACGUUUCAGAAAACAUUAAAGGCACGUUCUAUUUUUAUCAUUUUGCAAACGUGAUGGGAAAAUGACUUGCUCUCUGAAUCCUCUGAAACUGAAACUAUAAUAAUAAUAAUUAUAAUUAUAAUAAUAAUUAUAAUAAAUAAAUAAAUAAACAAAUAUAUUAUUAUUAUUAAUAUUAUUAUUAAUAUGCAUUAUUUUAUUGGUUGAUUUGUUUUAGGCUACUUUUUUGCACCAAAUUAAAACAAAUGACAUGACUGCACACAUGCUUUUAAUUUGUUUAGCAGUAGCUAGCCUACAUAAAUAGUAUGAAUGUUAUUGAAAGAAAUUCAUGAUAAGAGAGAAUAUCCACUUGUAUUUGACUUUUCAUUGUCUAUCUAUAAAUACGAAUACAAUUAUAAUAAUGUCCAAUAAAAUUUUGCUCAUUAA